AAAAUGGGGAGAUGGCACGGGAGGGGGGGAGGCUUUAACCGAGCAGAUCCAACUUCCAGCCCCUUCCCUGAAGGACACGGCGGCCCCGGCGAGGGGAGAAGAGGGGGCAGAGCUGACAAGUGGCGGUGUUUUGUGUGGAUCUCCUUUGGCAGGUCUCCUUUUAAGAAGAUCCCUGUGGUGGGUGGGAAGGAGCUGGAUCUUCACGCUCUCUACACCAGAGUCACCACUUUAGGCGGAUUUGGGAAGGUCUCCGAGAAGAACCAGUGGGGAGAGAUCGUGGAGGAGUUCAACUUUCCCAGAAGUUGUUCUAAUGCUGCCUUCGCUUUAAAACAGUAUUACUUGCGUUAUCUAGAAAAGUAUGAAAAAGUCCAUCAUUUUGGGGAGGAGGAUGAGGAGGUACAACCAGGCAAUCCAAAGCCACAGCUUCCCAUUGGUGCAAUCCCAACUUCCUACAACUACCAGCAACACAGUGUGUCAGAUUACCUUCGUCAAAGCUACGGGCUCUCUAUGGACUUUAACUCACCAAAUGAUUAUAACAAAUUGGUGCUUUCACUGUUAUCUGGACUCCCAAAUGAAGUGGAUUUUGCAAUUAAUGUAUGUACUCUUCUUUCAAAUGAAAGCAAGCAUGUCAUGCAGCUCGAAAAGGACCCUAAAAUCAUCACUUUACUGCUUGCAAAUGCUGGAGUGUUUGAUGACACUUUAGGAUCAUUUUCUGCUGUAUUUGGAGAAGAAUGGAAGGAGAAAACGGAUAGAGAUUUUGUUAAGGGAUCUUUCCUGCUUAGGCAGGAAACAAAUGUUGAAUGGACUGAGAGCAAUCAAGCCAGUCUCCUUAAACCCAAAAAAGGUGAUUUAGGACCCUCUUCCCGUGUAAAGAGGAAGAAUAGAGGCCGCAAUCUAAGAUGUCUCAACACCUUUACUCAGUUUUGGAGAGAUAUCGUUGAGGAUAUUGAAGUACGUGACCUUAUUUCUGACAGAAGCAAAUCUCAAGAUAUUCCAUCAGACGAUUGGAUUUGGGAAUCCUUAUUUCAUCCACCUCGCAAACUGGGCAUUAAUGAUAUUGAAGGGCAGCGGGUACUGCAGAUUGCAGUGAUUUUACGUAAUCUUUCUUUUGAAGAGGGAAAUGUUAAACUUCUGGCAGCUAAUCGUACUUGUCUUCGGUUCCUGCUACUCUCUGCUCAUAGUCAUUUUAUUUCUCUACGGCAGUUGGGGCUUGACACGCUGGGAAAUAUUGCAGCAGAGCUUCUGUUGGAUCCUGUUGAUUUCAAAACUACUCAUCUAAUGUUUCACACUGUUACAAAAUGCCUCAUGUCAAGGGAUAGAUUUUUGAAAAUGAGAGGCAUGGAAAUCUUGGCAAAUCUUUGUAAGGCUGAAGAUAAUGGUGUCUUAAUCUGUGAAUAUGUGGAUCAAGAGUCCUACAAGGAGAUCAUAUGUCAUCUCACACUACCAGAUGUGCUGCUUGUAAUCUCAGCACUUGAGGUGCUAUACAUGCUCACAGAAAUGGGAGAAGUAGCCUGCACAAAGAUUUCUAAAGUAGAGAAGAGCAUAGAUACGUUAGUGUGUCUGGUUUCUAUGGACAUCCAAAUGUUUGGGCCUGAUGCACUUACUGCUGUUAAACUCAUUGAACAUCAGUGUGUUAGCCAGCAAGGAGUACCUGAUGUCAGACCACCCAUGAUGGACCAUGGUUCUUCACAGGCACACGCAACAGGUAUCGCAGCCUCUAGAGCAGCACCACAUGUUGCUCCACCACCAGGAAUAGUAGAAAUAGACAGUGAGAAAUUUGCAUGUCAGUGGUUGAAUGCCCAUUUUGAGGUGAAUCUUGAUUGCUCAAUCUCUCGAGCGGAAAUGUACUCUGAAUACCUCUCUACCUGUAGUAAAUUAGCUCGAGGUGGAAUCCUAACAUCUACUGGAUUUUACAAAUGCCUGCGAACUGUCUUUCCAAAUCAUACAGUGAAGAGAGUGGAAGAUCCAAUUAACAAUGGUCAAGCACAUAUACAUGUGGUAGGAGUGAAGAGGAGAGCUAUACCACUUCCCAUUCAGAUGUACUAUCAGCAGCAACCAGCUUCGUCUACCCCAAUUGUUCGGGUUGAUUCAAUUCCUGACAUGUCUUCGUCUCCUUCGCCAGCAGGACUCCCACAUGGGCCACAAAGCGUAGGAAAUCAUUAUCAAAGGACCCCGAUUAACCAGUCUUCAACUUUGACAGCAACACAGAUGUCUUUUCCAAUUCAAGGUGUUCACACUGUGGCACAGACUGUUUCUAGAAUUCCACAAAAUACUGUUCAUGCACAGCAGCAAAAUGCUCCAAUGACUGUUAUACAGAAUAAAGGUCCAAUACCUGGUGAAGUUAUGAAGGCCACAGUAAUACAGAGCUCUGUUCCCCAGUCUGGAGUUCCCGUUACUAUUGCUGUAGGAGGAGCACCACAAGCUUCAAAUCAAAAUCACAGCAGUACAGGACCACAGCCGUCCGUUACUGUUGUUGGUUCUCAAACGUUGCUUCACCACCAACCGGUAAUUCAGCAGCAUGCGGUGGUACCAGGACAGAUACCUACAGGCACUCCUGUUACAGUAAUUCAACAAGCUGUACCUCAGGGUCAUAUAUUUGGCAGAGUACAAAACAUACCAGCAUGCAGUUCAGCAGUUUCACAGGGUCAACAGCUGAUCAGCACAUCGUCACAACCUGGGCAGUCGUCAUCUCAGCAGUCCUCUACUGGUAACCAGCAACAAGAUACAGUCAUCAUAGCGCCGCAGCAGUAUGUCACAACCUCUGCAUCUAACAUUGUAUCUGCCACCACUGUUCAGAAUUUCCAAGUAGCACCUGGGCAGGUGGUUGCAAUUGCAGGUGUCCAAAACCCACCAACUUCUAGGGUAGGCUUUCAGAACAUUGCACCAAAGCCUCUGCCGUCUCAGCAAGUUCCACCUAAUGUACAGCAGCCGAUGCAGUCGCAGCAGCAACCACCACAACCACCAUCCCAGCAAAGCGUAGUGAUUGUCAGCCAGCCAGCUCAGCAAGGUCAAACAUAUGCACCAGCCAUUCACCAAAUAGUGCUUGCUAAUCCAGCUUCUAUUCCUCCUGGUCAGACUGUUCAGUUGGCUGGACAGCCAAGCAUUACUCCAUCUUCUUCACCAUCUCCAGGUCCGGUUACAAAUAAUCAAGUCCCUACAGUUAUGUCACCUUCACCUACCCCUUCUCAGUCACAAGGACCCCCUCCUACUGUCAGCCAGAUGCUUUCUGUAAAGAGACAGCAGCAGCAGCAGCAACAUUCACCAGCAUCUUCACAGCAACAGGUACAACCACCGAUGCAAAUGCAAGUUCAGUCCCAGCAAGGUAAUACAGGAGUUGGCCAGCCUAACUCUGGUGAAUCUAGUCUGAUAAAACAACUACUUCUUCCAAAAAGAGGCCCCUCAACUCCAGGGGGGAAGCUUAUACUCCCAGCUCCGCAGAUUCCUCCACCUAACAAUGCAAGAGCUCCUAGCCCUCAGGUGGUUUAUCAGAUGGCCAAUAACCAAACACCAGGUUUUGGAGUACAAGGGCAGUCUUCAGCUCAGCAGCUGCUAGUUGGACAACAGCUGGUCCAGGGUGCAGUCCAGCCCCAAGGGGCAGUACAGACAGUACCCAUUUCUAACUUGCAGAUAUUACCAGGUCAGUUGAUCUCAAACAGCCCAGCAACUAUUUUCCAAGGGACUACUGGCAACCAGGUUACGAUAACAGUUGUGCCAAAUACGAGUUUUGCUACUGCAACUGUGAGUCAGGGAAAUGCAACUCAAAUCAUUGCUCCAGCUGGAAUUGCAGUGAGCGGGGCUCAGACAGGAGUUGGGCUACAGAUGCAAACACUUCCAGCUACUCAAGCACCUUCAGCUGGACAAUCACCGUGUACUGCUGCUCCCCCAUUCAAAGGUGAUAAAAUAAUUUGCCAAAAGGAGGAAGAAGCAAAGGAAGCAACAGGUUUACACAUUCAUGAACGUAAGAUUGAAGUUAUGGAGAAUCCUUCCUGCCGAAGAGGAGCUGCAAACACCAGCAAUGGGGAUGCAAAAGAAAAUGAAAUGCAGGUGGGAAGUCUUUUAAAUGGGAGAAAGUAUAGUGACUCCAGUCUACCUCCUUCUAACUCAGGGAAAACUCAGAAUGAGGCCAAUCAGUGCUCACAAGUCAGUAAUGGGCCGUCAUUAGAAAUGGGUGAGAACGGAGCUCCUGGAAAGCAGAACUUUGAACAAAUGGACACACAGGAAAUUAAAAGUGAUUUGAAGAAGCCCCUAGUUAAUGGAAUCUGUGAUUUUGAUAAAGGAGAUGAUCAUUUGAGCAAAAACAUUCCAAAUCACAAAACUUCCAAUCAUGUAGGAAAUGGUGAGAUAUCUUCAGUGGAACAACAAGGGAAUUUGGAUGCCACGCAGCAAGAUACUGCCAAAGGUGAUCAAGGGGAGAGAAUUUCUAAUGGGCCUGUAUUAACUUUGAGUAGUUCACCUGUUGUAAGCGGUACACAAGAGGCUGCGAAACUGUUAACCCAGCAACUUAGUGGUACCAACACUGAUUUACCUAAUGGACCUCUAGCUUCAAGUUUGAAUUCAGAUGUGCCUCAGCAACGCCCAAGUGUAGUUGUCUCACCACAAUCUACAGCCUCUGUUAUACAGGGGCAUCAAAUCAUAGCAGUUCCACACUCAGGACCUAGAGUGUCCCAGUCUACCCUGUCAUCCGAAGUUCGGUCUACUAAUGGCACAGCAGAAUGCAAAAUUGCAAAGAGGCCAGCAGAGGAUAAUGACAGGGAAACUGUUCCAGGAAUUCCAAAUAAAGUAGGAGUUAGAAUUGUUACAAUCAGUGACCCCAACAAUGCUGGUUGCAGUGCAACUAUGGUUGCUGUGCCAGCUGGAGCGGAUCCAAGCACUGUAGCGAAAGUAGCAAUAGAAAGUGCUGUUCAACAAAAGCAGCAGCAACCAACCACGUAUAUACAAAGCAUGGUCACACAGAGCACACCUGCAACGUCGAUACCAACAGUGCAAGUACAGGGCCAGCAGCUCAAUUUGCAGCCACCUUCAUACACUGCAGCAAGUCAGCAUGCAGAGCAAAUGAAGAAACCUGGACAGAACUUCAUGUGUCUAUGGCAAUCUUGUAAAAAGUGGUUUCAAACACCGUCACAGGUUUUCUAUCAUGCAGCAACUGAACAUGGAGGAAAAGAUGUCUACCCAGGGCAGUGCUUAUGGGAGGGAUGUGAACCUUUCCAGCGGCAGAGGUUUUCCUUCAUUACCCAUUUACAGGAUAAACAUUGUUCCAGAGAUGCUUUGCUUGCAGGAUUAAAGCAAGAUGAACCAGGGCAGGGCGGAAUUCAGAAGCCUUCCAAUAAGCCGCCAGUUGUAGGGAGUACAGCUGCUACUCCCAGAGCGCAGAAGGCCAUUGUGAAUCAUCCAAGUGCUGCCCUAAUGGCAUUAAGGAGGGGAUCAAGAAACCUUGUCUUCAGAGAUUUUACAGAUGAGAAAGAGGGACCAAUAACUAAACACAUCCGAUUAACAGCUGCCUUAAUAUUAAAAAAUAUUGGUAAAUAUUCAGAAUGUGGUCGCAGAUUGCUAAAAAGACAUGAAAAUCAUCUAUCAGUGCUAGCCAUUAGUAAUAUGGAAGCUUCCUCCACACUUGCCAAAUGCCUUUAUGAACUUAAUUUUACUGUCCAGAGUAAAGAACAUGAAAAAGACUCAGAGAUGCUGCAGUGAGAAAAGGUCCCCGUUGUACAUCGGGACAGAGGUAGUCAAACACAUUUCAAAUACUGUUACUGAAGAAAGCACCAAGUCUUAAUGGAACAGAGACCAUAGAUUGAAUUAUUUUAUCUCCUCCCAUGAUGCUGAGAGGAAGCUUUGUAUUCUGAUCACUCAACGAAUCCCUUUGUUCUGUUUAGAAAAAGGAGGGAAAAAAAACUGCCAUGGGAUUUCCAACCAGCUGUCUGCAGGAUGUCUCUCAGAUCUGAUAGAUCCUGAAGGAAACUGGUGUGAUCAGAAUUCAGUACCAUCCACAUUGGAAUAAACAUGGAAUAUUGUAAAACCUACAUGAGCAGAUGAAAUAGAAGCAUUAAAUAUUUUUAUCUAUA